AUGGAGGGUUUUGGAAGUAGACUGCAGAAGCUGCUUUGGGUAAAAAUUUGAGAAUCUUGUUCUUUGAUUUCGGUUGCUUCUCCAUUUUCGAAAGCUAAAGGUCUCUACGAAAGUUCAACCACCCACCUGCAAAUCAAUGUUAGAAGCAACUGAAAUAAAGCACUGGAUUGCAAGCGACAGGUCGCUGAGUUUUGGCAGAGCAAAACGCUGUGUCGUUAGUUGUUAAAGUCAUUUGCUUAUGCUUUCUCCAGGGAAGAGAGCAACGCACUCUUAGUUGGAAUGUGGCUUCGCGCUGAAUCCCAACCAUUUCUUCGGUGAAAACCCUAACAUUAUCAUCUGAUUCGUCUCUCUGCUUAAGAGAAUCAGCCAUGGCUCUCUCCUUUGAUUUGCAGGACUUUAUUCUCCGUGCUCGGGUUUUGAAGCUGUAUAGACAAGCUCUAAGGACUGCAAAAAGAGCACCUGAACAUGCUAGAGUUGAACUGAAGCAUACAAUUAGACAAGAGAUGGAGAAGAACCGGAAUUGCAAGGAGAAGCAGAGGAUUCGUUUUCUGAUUAGUGAAGGAUUAGAGAGAUUAAAAGGUUUGGAUGAGAUGCUUGAUAUGCAGGGUCAUUGAUAGAACACUGAAAUUGCAAAUGACGUGCAAGCAUGUAGUUCAAUUUUUUUAGGAUUCUCAAUGUAAUGGAUGUAAUGUAACGUACUGCUGAAUAUGGAAUGACAAAAAUUCUUCAUUACUGUC